UUAUAAGAAUAAAGAAACCCUUUUAUAAAAUUUUUUGGGUUAGAGCGUAACACACUGUUUUUGUACCCAAAAGUUUUUGAAAAAUGGCAUUGACGAACUUUAUACUGACAGUGGCUGGUGUUAGCGCGGUGAUUCUACUGCUGAGGAGCGAUGUGAAACAAUCAGCGGUGGUGUUUAGGCGCAACGUCAAGCACAUACGCCAUUGGCUCGAACAAGAAUCCGCCUCUGCCACCAAGGCAGCGGAGAAGGCAGCUCCUAAGGAACUAGAAUCAAAGGUUCUUCCAAAAGACAUUCCCAAGGAGGACAAGCACUGAUGUGUAUAUAUAGGGAUUACGGAGCCUGAUGUUUUCUAGAAGAGAAGAGUUACUUAGUAGUUCCUUCCUUUCUUUUUUUUCAAAAUAUUUAAUGGCUUAUUUAAAAUAAGUCUCUGACAUGUUCAGGGAUAUAUUUUAUUUUCUGCC